AUGCCGUCUGUUUUGCGGCCUCUCUUGCUGGCCCUGGGAGCUGUUCAUCUCACCUCUGGCCAGCUGCAGACCCUAAGCAUCUUGACGCUCGGGCAAACAAAGGCCACAUCAACGCCGGCCGCAACAUCCACCGCGAGGGCCCCUGCCUUUCCGCCACCAACAUCCUCGACACCGUCGUCGGCAUCCAUGGCCACGACCACGGAUGACCCCCUGAUCUUGACCACAAUCUUCACGCAGCCCACCGACUGUGCCACCGGCAUCACGGAGAUCGCGGCAUGGUCGACAGAGCUGUGGCAGAACAUCGUCAAUCCAGUGCCGAGCUUGACUUUCUCUUCCUGCUAUCCAAGCCAGUUCUACUACAGUGCCGUGGCCACCUCGGUCUUGCCUCCGUUCAAGAAACUGGUCUGUCCCUUGAACUGGGAGAGCUAUCAAGUCAACUCGACAUACCUCAUCUGCUGCCCCAGUGGAUAUGGUCUCUACGCGCCUAACUACCACAGCACGAAACGCCCCGGGCUGGACGCGGUCUGCACCUCGAGUGUCUGGCCCGGUGAGCUCAUGGAUAUUACGAGCUACGAUGCGACGGCUCUUGCGACAACCAUCGCAACCAACGCCGGCGACAACGGCGCGCUAGUGUUCGCCACGGCAUUUGAUGGGACGCUGGCCUCCUAUAUUGCCACCUCGGCUCUCAGCUCGGCUUCGGCCACGUCGACACCCAUACAGACGCCAUCAACGUCCUCGCCGAGCGCGCGGCGCUCAUCUCCCACCUCCUCCUCGUCAAGCUCGACCACCACCUCUACUUGUGUUUUACGUGCUUCACUUCCCGUCCUCAUUCUCAUGGCCUUUCUGUUAGGUGGGUGGUUUGAGAAUUGGUUCUGGGUCCUAGCUGUGCGCAGGCAAGGAUGUCAGCCGGUCCAUAACGGCCACUAUCAAUGGAUGGCCGACUCUUGGGCGGUCACCAUCGGACUCUGGCACCACUCUCGAACGUCAUGGGCGAAGCCUCCCUCCACCGGCAGCUAG